AGACACGAGGGGAAAAACACGAGAACUAAAGGGAAAGAGGUCAGUUCUGGGGACGGUGUUUUCAGGAGGCGACUAAUUGACAUCUACACACAACCUGCAUUAACUCGCUUCAAAAUGAAUCAGGAGGGUACCGGUGUAGGACUGUUUAACGAUAUGAAUGGUCAAGGCGGAGAACUUGCUGAAGCUGUCAGUGAUGGCGAAUCGGUGUCAAUCAGCACCAACAAUCUCGUUGUGAUAAACAAUAAUAAAGCUAGUUCUCUAUCCUCAUCAUCGUCAAAUAACAAUAACGAAAACCCCGGUAGCAAUGGCAUUGGCAACAACCUUGGAAAUGGCAAUGCUGAAGAUGAGAUGGACAACGACCCAGACACAGAUAAUGAGCAACAUGCUAGAUCACAGAUUUUGAGAACAAGAGCAAGAGCAAACUCUCAUUCAAACAGCCAGAAAACUAAUCCGGGACGCAAUCCAUCAUUGGUGCAACAGAAUUACGGGGGCCCAAUAUCCUCAUUGCCUCCCGAAAUGCUCUGCUUGAUCUUUUCAUAUAUUCAUUCAAAACCUGAUUUAAUUUCAAUCGCUUUAUCGUGUAAAUAUUGGGCAGAUCUUAUCAUCAGUAUAAUUUGGUUUAGGCCCGGGAUUAAUAACAAGCAUAUCUUUGCAAAAUUAGAGAAGACAAUGAAGUCAUCAGCAAUCGAAACAAUGUGGAACUAUAGGAAAUUCAUCAAGAGACUGAAUUUAUCUUUGAUUCCAAAUUUGGUCAACGAUGAUUUCUUGAAAUUGUUCAUUGGAUGCACAAACCUGGAAAGAAUAACUUUGGUGAACUGUUCCAAAAUAACACAUGAAAGUAUUGCUGGAUUGUUAGAAGGCUGUUCUCGUUUGCAAUCAAUUGAUUUGACAGGAGUUACAGAUAUACAGGAUGAUAUCUAUAUGCAGUUAUCAAUGCAUUGCAAGCGUCUACAAGGGCUAUAUGCUCCAGGUUCUGCUAGUAUAUCGCAGGAGGCAGUUUUGAACCUAAUUUAUAAUUGCCCAUUACUGAAAAGGGUGAAAUUGAGUGACUGCAAUAGUAUAACAGAUGAUGUUGUAUAUGCGCUGGUGAAAAAUUGCCCCAGCUUAGUUGAGCUGGACUUACAUGGUUGUGAACAAGUGACCAAUAAAUCUUUGCAUAUGCUGUUCCUACAGCUUGAAUCACUCAAAGAAUUCAAAAUAUCAAAAAAUCAAAACAUAACAUAUGAAUGUUUUGAGUCACCAAAUGGCUCAAUUCUUUGUCUUGACAAAUUGAGAAUAUUAGAUUUCACACAAUGCUCAAAUAUAACAGAUAAAGCAGUGAUCAAAUUUAUUCAACUAGCACCAAAAUUGAGAAACGUUGUAUUAUCUAAAUGCUCCUCGAUCACUGACGCUUCAUUGAGAGCAAUUGCAACAUUAGGUAAAAACUUACAUUACGUUCAUUUAGGUCAUUGCAGCAAUAUAACAGAUGCGGGGGCAAAAGAGUUGAUUAAAAAUUGUUACAGGUUGCAGUAUAUUGAUUUAGCAUGCUGUAAUCAAUUGACAAAUGCGACUGUAGUUGAAUUGUCAAAUCUACCAAAACUAAGAAGAAUAGGAUUGGUCAAGUGCUCUCAAAUUACUGAUGAAGGAAUAUUAGCAUUGGCAGAGAAUUCAAGAAAUGUUGAUGAUACACUAGAAAGAGUUCAUUUGAGUUAUUGUGUUAAUUUAACAAUUUAUCCAAUAUACAGACUUUUGAGAGCAUGUCCAAAAUUGACUCAUAUAUCCUUGACAGGGAUAUCCCAAUUUUUGAGGCCAGAUAUUACAAGAUUUUGUAGAGAACCUCCUUCUGAGUUCAAUCCGCAUCAGAAAUCUAUCUUUUGUGUCUUCAGUGGUGAAGGUGUCAACUUGCUAAGGAAUCAUUUGAAUCAUCUUAUUCAAACGACAGAAGUAGAAGAUAGGGAGGCAACAGAGAUUCUACAAAUAAUCAACGGUAUCAUAGGUACGACCACUCCUGCAAAUAUGGAUCAGUUUUCAUCUGAUCAGGCUAGAGAAAGAUUCGAGCAUUUUGUAAGUAAUGCAAUGGAUUUUUUACAUGAUUAUGAUGGAAUUGCCAUAUCAGUUGAGACUAUGAAACUAUUCGCCAGAUGCAUAUUUGGAGGGAUACAACAAACACAGGCCACCAGAGUUCAGAGAUUUUUCCAACUAAUGCAUGAUAGGCCUGCAAGAACGAGGAUGAGAGGAAGAUAUAGACAAAUUCAGCUUCAGCAACAACAACAACAACAACAGCAAGAGCGUGAUAGGCUCAGAGAACUGGAACUUGAAAGAUUACGAGCUCGACCUCGUAUUUUAGCUACUCCCGAAGAUAGUGUAAGGUUUAUGUUGGAGCUACAAGCAAGGAAUCCUACCCCUGAGUUUCAUGGAAGCGCAUUGGAAAACGAAAUUAUCAAUAGAAGGUAUAGGACGACAUUGACACCUGCAGAAAUUCGAGGACGCGAAGAGAUGGGGGAAAGGGAGCGUCGAUUUUUAGAAGAGGAGCAGCAAAGAAAUAUAGAGCAGACACAGCGUCUAGCCAUUGCAAGAGAUGCUGGAGUUCUACAAAUGUUUGGUAUGAAUAGUGAAGAGGAAGCUGAAGGUAGACAAUAUGCCAAUAUACCCCCGGAAGCGGUCGAGUUAUUUCGCGAGGACAGUCAGGAUAUAGAUGAAGAAUUUAUGGAAGACUAGAGAUCUUUCCAUGUUUUAUAUGCAUGUAUGAAUGGCAAAAUUCAGUAUUAAAAUAUUAAAGUAUUAAGUUAUUAAAGAAUAAACAUUGUAGAUUAUAUAAUGUAGGAGAAUGUUUGUUUGGAGAUUGUUGUAUAAUCUAUGGUAGGAGGGGUAUUAAACAGCAAUUGGAUAAAAGGUUCUAAAGAUAUAGAAGUAGAUGUUGCUCUGCAACAUGGUAUCAAGUCUUUUUAUUUCCUCUUGCACGUGGACCUGGUUUUCAUGAAGAUCAUCGUUGAAGUUGCCGUUGGCAGCAUCAGAGAUGAC